AUGUUCGACGCAGAUGCUGUGACCAUAGAAGAGAAAAUGGCACCCUACGCUAGCCAAAUCGAAUCUGGGGACUCGUCCACCAACUAUCUCCGCUCGUGUUUGGCCCUCACCUCGUCUGAGUUGGACGAGGCCAACGAGCGUGAAGUCGCCGUGAGCCGCUGCCUGGACGUCGUCGCGAAGAACUGGCAGGACGAGACGGCCGAGCGUCAGCUUUAUCAGGGCUGCCACGAAGUAUCUCCACGAGCUGGAGCUGGCGAAACGACGCAUUGCGGGGCUGCAAGGCGAAGUCACAGCCAGAUCAUAGCGGCACAAAUGAGGGACUUUGGGGAACGAGAGGCAGCUGCAGACAACUGCAAUCGCAUUCAGCGGGAGCUCGACGCGUCUCAGAGUAGGACGAAAACCCAAAGUGACAAGAUCGCGGAGCUACAUAGGGAGCUAGCGUCGCUGUGGGCAUGGGCCUCCGAUUUGCGGUGCGAGCACACUUCAUCACCGGCGACAGAUCAGGGUGACGAGAGCAUUGGUAUGUCUCCGCUUUUUCAACUGGCCAUUAAGAUGCCUAACGCUGGGUACCCUUCAAAAGCCGACAUCAAGAUUUGGAUGGGUUAUCUACUCGAGUAG